AUGACGACCUGGGAACAAAUUGCCGCGGCUAAGCGAGCACAGACUUUGUCACAAAUUCCAAAAGGAUGGGUUGAGCCUAACUUGAUCCAAAACAUGAACAAAGACGGGUACGUUAGUGCUUGUGGAUAUUUAGAUACCGUACUUCCUGAACAUGAGGUGAGUAUAACAAAUCUUACAGCAACUGAGCUGGCUGGUAAAAUAGCAUCGAGAGAGAUGACAAGCUACGAUGUGUGCUAUGCUUUUUGUCAUAGAGCCGCGUUAGCGCAUCAGAUUCUUAACUGCUGCAUCGAAAUAUUCUUCGAGCAGGCACUUGAGAAAGCUCGUGAGCUGGACAGCUAUUUUGCAGCCACUGGGAAGCUGCUGGGGCCCUUGCACGGUGUUCCGUUUUCGCUUAAAGACCAAGUCAAUUUGAUUGGACUGGAAACAACAAUCGGCUAUAUCUCAAGAGUGGGCCAGAAGUCAGACAAAAUGUCACUGCUUGCUAAAGUGCUUCAAGAUCAAGGUGCGGUUUUUUUCUUGAAAACCACUGUACCAACCGCAAUGCUGGCAUCAGAAACAGUGUCUAGCUUACACGGUCGGACAUUGAACGCAAUUAACAUCGCCUUUUCAAGUGGUGGUAGCUCUGGUGGAGAGGGUUCUUUGAUCGGGGCGAAGGCUUCUCCGUUAGGCGUUGGAACUGACAUAGGCGGCAGUAUCCGUAUUCCUGCAGCAUUUCAAGGUUUGUAUGGCCUGAGACCUUCUCAUGGAAGAAUUCCCUACAUGGACGUCACAAAUUCGUACGAAGGACAAGAAUUGAUUCCUUCUGUUAUAGGGCCCCUAAGUUCUUCGCUUAAGGACUUGGAGCUUUUCACCAAAUUAGUGGUUGAUUCUGAGACUUGGAAUUAUGAUCCCCAGGUAGUCCCGGUACCGUGGAGAGACUCCAGUGAGGUGACAAAGCGCAAGUUGAGAAUUGGUCUGAUGACCUGGGAUGGACUGGUCAUGCCACACCCUCCGGUUUUGAGAGCCCUCAGGGAAACUUGCCAUGCGUUGACUAGCCGUGGCCAUGAAAUUGUAAAAUGGAGUUUUCCAGACAACGAAAAGCUUGUAGAUGUUGGAGAGAAGGUUUACGGUGCCGACUUUUACGCUGAGGUAGAACAGAUUUUGGAAAAGACCGGUGAGCCGAUUAGCGAUUACAUGAAUAUUGCUCGGAACGUCAGCAGAGGAAAAGGUCAUUCGGGCAAUGCAUUGGAUGUAAAUCAGUGGUGGGAAGUUUCGCAAGAAAUACGGCAUUUGAAACAAAAGUUUCUGAAGUAUUGGAAGAACACAGAAAACGUAACCUCUGAUGGGAAGCCCAUUGACGCAAUUCUUUGUCCAGUUUGGCCGUCAGCAGGCUUUCAUGAUGGGAAGGUUGAUUUUGGUUGUGAGAACUACACUGUACCUUUCAAUGUGCUAGAUUAUAGCUGCGUCGUUUUCCCCGUUACCCAAGUCAAUGUUGAGAUAGACAGCGUAGAGUCAGGGCAUUUGCCUUCUCUUCCAGACGAUCAAAAAAUGCAUGGAUACUAUGAAGCCCAGGAUUUUGACAAGAUCCCAGUGUGCCUUCAGGUCGUCUGUAAGCGCCUUGAAGAGGAGAAGGUGCUUGCCAUAGCCUCUGUUAUUGAGAGCUGCCUGGCAGCAACCACUUGA